UUGAAAAUGUCGACCGACGGAGCAGCUAAACGAAACAACCCUGUGUCUUCUCAGUCGGAGGAACGCGUGGACUGGAAGAAAAGGAAAACAGAAGUAAAAGAUGCUAAGAAGCAAAGGAAAGCUGACAAGCUGAUCAAACAGUUGGACAAGCAGAAAGAGCAAGAGGCCGAAGACAGAGCCGAACUAGAAAGAAGCCAGAACAAAACAGUCCUAGGUCGGCCCUACACAGUGAGUGUGGCCCUGCCAGGAUCUGUCCUGGACAACGCUCAGUCCACCGAACUUCGUACAUACCUGGCCGGACAGAUCGCUCGAGCCUGCGUCGUGUUCUGUGUCGAUGAGAUCAUUGUGUUUGAUGAGGAAGGGGACGAUGUCAAGAGCACUGAAGGAGAAUUCACCGGCAUUGGGAAGAAAGGGCAGGCUUGUGUCCAGCUCGCCAGAAUACUUCAGUAUCUAGAGUGUCCUCAGUACCUGCGCAAGUGGUUUUUCCCCAAACAUCAAGAUUUACAGUAUGCAGGUUUGCUCAACCCUUUAGACAGUCCUCACCACAUGAGGAUAGAUGAGGAGUCAGAAUACCGAGAAGGAAUUGUCCUCGACAGGCCGACCAAACCAGGUCAAGGUUCACUAGUCAACUGUGGCAUGAGAAAGGAAGUUCGCAUUGAUAAACAGCUGCAGUCUGGACUCCGAGUCACAGUCCAGCUCAACGAGACGCAAAAUCAAGAAAGUAAAAGUUCUAAAGGUGUGGUGGUGGCUCCACACGUGCCCAGAUCAGAAGGAGGUCUCUACUGGGGAUACACCGUCCGUCUGGCGUCUUGUCUCAGUGCAGUUUUCACAGAGAGUCCGUAUAAAGAAGGAUACGAUCUGACUAUUGGCACAUCCGAGAAAGGCAGCGACAUGGACCAAACCACACUGUCGCAAUUCAACCAUCUUUUGGUGGUGUUCGGGGGUCUCCAGGGAUUGGAGGCCAGUCUAGAUUCAGACCAGAACCUGGAAGUGAAUGACCCAAGUGUUCUAUUUGACAUUUACCUGAACACAUGUCCAGGUCAGGGCAGCAGGACCAUUCGCACAGAGGAAGCCAUCUUAAUUUCCAUGUCAGGCCUGAGACACAAGAUCGCAGCUGCGUUUUCAGAUGUUUCCACUGGCUGAUUUAAUAAUGAGUGAUGGAGGAACAUAAAGACAUGUUUGUAGAUGUUUAAUCAUCUAAAUGGUGUCACAGAGUUGUUAAAUCAAAAUGACAGCAGAGUCUACUGUGAAACAGCCAUUAUCUCAAAGCCACAGAUCACUGCACCGGGUGCUUUCAUUGCUAUACACCAGAUCCGAUUUCUCCUUGUCUUGCUAUUGAGUUACCAUUCUGCAUUUUUCUAAAUGAUUCAACAUAUUGUACAGAUACAGCGUCUUUCUCUGAGUUUGAACCGACUUGUAUUUGUUUGAAAGCAGAUACUUGGUUUUAUACAGUACAGAACAUUUCAUGAAAAACAGUUGAGACCAGCACAACAUGUCAACAUCAUCAAUAAACACCAGUCUUCUUUAGGUUUCUGAGCAAACAGGCCAAACAUCUUUGAAAUGAAUUAGAGAGAGUGAGUGGUCCAUCUGCUUUUAGUCACAUCUGACAAUUCUAACUUUCUAAAGAACUGCAGGUCUUUGCAGCUCCUUGAUCUUUGAAGAAAAUUGUGUUGUGAAUUCAACACAGUUGUCUAAGACUUGGAUUACUCUUAAUUUAAAUAAAUUAGGUGGACAAAAUAUAAGAAACCAAGCUUUUGCGUCAUCCAGAAACCUUGGGAGUUUAAGUUUCCAUCUUCUGUGUUGUAGAUAUUAACUUUUUUGAAAAUCUAGCAUUGAUACAGGAGCACAACAGAUCAUGAAUAUGUUUUCUAUUUAUUGCUGACCAAUAGAUUCACAGGUACAAGGCUUCUGAUCAAAACCAGUCAAGCAUUGUAAAACAAGCCUCACCAGCAGAUACACUAUAUCUGAGAGAACAGUUGAAUAACUUGCAAAAGGCAACACUGUUUAAGAAAUCCGAGCCUUCUCUGCACCAUGUUUCUACAUACAGAUUGUAACUUAACUUUCAGUUUAAUCGUGCAGUUCUAAGAGCAACAUACCAACACAUAACAAGGCCAUGAUAUUUUUGAAAUUAAGUUGCAUGCGCUGGAAUGCCAUUGAGGUUUAAACAAAUGUUAAAAAACAUUUAAAAUAUGAGGCAGGGGUUUUAUGUUUGUGUAAAACGUUAAAAUCAACAUCUAAGGCAACAAAAAAAGUGCUAAUUUCUAAUUGAGGGUUUAUCAACAUGAAAACAAAAGUAACAUUUGUAUCUGUAGAAAUUGAUUUCUGAAUUUUACUUUCUGGAAUACAAAUAUGUCAGAAUGUUAUAAACACCAAUGAAAGAUGAACUAACAGUUUUGUAACUGUUUGUCACUGUUGA